AUGAUCAUGGCUUCUGUAACAAAUCUCGACAACGAUGUUAAUAGCAAGCGGGGUGAUCGAGUUACACCAGCUGCUGUGAACGAAGUAAGGAAUUUCAUCGAAGAAUCUCUGGGGGAGAGUUUGCCUGAUGUUGGAGAUGAUGCACGAUUUGGCACAUAUAAUAUAUUGGCUGCACUGAAAGAUGGUGUAGCACUUUGCAAACUUGCAGCGAUGAUUGAUCCUAUGAAAGUCCGUGGAUUUAAACCUAAAGCAACGAUGCCUUUCAUACAACGAGAGAAUAUCGCUUUGUUUCUCGGCGCAUGCGAAAAGCCACCGCUAAGUCUACCUGCGCACGAUAGGUUUCUUACAGUCGAUCUCUACGAUGGUAAGGACCCCGCGCAAGUACUUCAAGGUAUCGCUGCAUUUAGCAGAGCGGCAAAUCGAGUUGAUCCUUCUAAAUUUCCUAAUCCUAUCGGCGCCAAAUCUCGCGGCGGUGUUGUGAGCCCGCAGGUUACUGGACAAUAUCUUGGAACUGGAUUCAAUAACAGAGGAAGGGAAGCUUCAACCGCUAGCACUGCAUCAUCAAGUCACAAGCCUGCAACUUUGACAGCUUCAAGAACUGGUGGUUCGGAUAGUGGUAGGAGAAGUCCUAGCAGAUUUGGUGCGCCUACAUCACCUAAUUCUGUCAGUAGUUGGAGUAAGAAAUCCGACGAGAGUGCUACAUCUCCAGCCUGGAAUAUUGCGCAAUAUGGAUACAUGGGAGGUGCGAGUCAAGGUAAUAUGGGGGUAUCAUUUGGUGGCAGGAGACAAAUCACAAACGCUGGUCCGACCGUUCCAAGUCUCGCCGAAAAAGAGAAGAAGCGAAAGGAAAAAGAGGCAGAAGAUAAACGAUUGAAACUUGAAGCCGAAGAAGAGGAACGGCGAAGAGUUGUGGCCGAGGAGGAAAGGGCUCGUGUGGAAGAGGAAAGAAGAUUUGCCGAAGAAACCGAAAAGUUGCGACAAAAAACAUUGAACGAGAAACGAGAAUGGGAGGAACAAGAGCGCAGAUGGAAAGCAGAGGAAGAUCGCAGAAAGCAGGAUGAGUCUGAGGCAGAGAGUAGAGCCGCGGAUGAGCGAAAGAGAUUAAGGGGUACUAGCGACACUCGAUUACAGGGACAAUUCCUCAGUCAAUAUCAAGCUGAGAAUGGUUUGAGCAAGAAGGGCCAGAGAAGUGAUUCUAGCGAGGCCGACAGGAUUAGACAAUUGGAACACGAACUAGCGGAAGCUCGGGACCGAGAGCGUCGAUAUCAAGCAGAAAGGGUUUCGAAACAUAAGACUGGCGAUCGAGACGCCAUCCAAGAUCAUGAUUUAACAUUACGACUAAAGGAGGAGUCAUCAAAAGCUCGUCCGAGAUCUCGUAGUCGCCCUCGCUUGCCAUCACGAAAGGGUACUGAUGAAACAUGGAGUCAAGAUGAACGAGACUACCUUCGCAAACAAUGGAGCUCGCAUAAUACAAGUGAAGAUGUAGCGCCGCCAGUCAAACCUCCUCGUCCAUUGCCUGAACCAACGGCAAAUCCCAUCAAACCUCAACGGACCGGUGAAGCAAGACCUUUACCUGAUCCAGUAAAUUACACAUCUCCAACCUCUAAAGCUCCAAACCGCACCGACCGUUUUCUUUCCUCAAACCCUCCACCAACCCCACCAAGACCAACCACAACUUAUUCGAAUGAAAUAGGAACAUUUUCCAGCAAUGCCGAACGCGAUGCAGAAGAUCGUCGCCGUGUCGAAUCACAAACUAAAACCAAAGCUGGUGGAUGGGCUUCUAAAUCUCUUUUGGAAAAGGAAAUGGAGAUGGAAAGACAACGACAACAGGAAUGGGAAGAGAGUCAGAAAGAACUCAAGAAUAAAGUCCCAGGCGGCGAGGGAGUUGAUGGUAUUGGAGGAGGUAUUGGAGGGAAGUGGGAUGUUAAUCAAUGGACGGGGUAUACCGGUGGCGAUGGGCAGAACAGGGGAGCUCAAGGUAUUGGAGCUGGUAGACGACAAAUUGUGGGGCCGAAACCACCACUACAUGGAGGGCAAUAG